AUGUCUGGAGGGUCUGGACAAACAGCGAGCGCCGCUGAAAAACUUCAGUUAUUGUUAUUGCAGCUCGAUCAUGCCGGAUCACCAUCUUCUCCUAUGCAAAAUUCAAGUUUAUCAAAAGCAUCAAAAGAUACACCAAAAACUGAUGAAUUAGUCAUACUUCUUCAAGCGUCGGAAGAAAUAAGUCACCGUUUACAAAAUGAAAAUGUGACAUUACACAAUGAUAUCACUAAACUUCGAUCGAAUGUUGUAGCACUUGUUGAAGAAAACAAUAAGUUACAUGAAGAAAUACGAACAACAUUUGUAUCUGAUAUGUUGCGGCUUGUAACUGCUGACGGUGAAAGACAGGCAACUGACAAGGAGUCACAGGUUGUCGAUCUUUAUGCGAAAAAAAUGCGUAGUAUUGAAAUUGAUCUUAAAGAUGCAAAAGAAAAAUUAGCCAUGUAUGAAUCUGUAUGGCAAGCACCGAAUGACUUGAUGAAUUGUUUAAAGUGUGGCUCUCCCUUACCCCUUGAUACUGGACAAAACAGUGAAAAAUAUACAAAUUUAGUGACCGAAAACGAGGCAAAUAAACGUAAAGUGGAACAGAUUCAGCAUAAGCUUGAACAAAGUCAGAUAAAAGAAAAUGCGACAUUAUCAAAAUUACAGGAAUGUAUUAUAAUCGUUGAACAAAGUCAAUUUGAAAAGACAGAGGCGAUCGUCGAGCGUGAACAGUUGAAAAUGGAAUUGAAUGAAACAAAACAGCGUUUGAAAAACACAAUUGAUGAUAUAUCAAAUAACAUUAUGGGGGAAAAACAAGCAGUUGAACGUGAUUGUGAGCAAAGAAUCAAUGAAAAUGUGGAAGCAAUUAAAAAACUAGAAGAAAAAUGCGCACAGUAUGAGGUGACGAUUGAUCGUUUGGCACGCGAAAAAACGUCACUUGCAACAGAUCUUGAUAAUUGGAAAAAUCGUAUACAACGUCAAGAAAUAGAUUUGAGUCUAACGACUGAUACAGUUAAAUUAGAAAUUCAAAAGGCAAUGAGAGAACGAGAUCAAGCUAAUUCAGGUGCCAUGAAAAUUCGUAAUGAUUAUGAGAAGUUAUUGUCACAAAGUAAUCAGGAUACCCUACAAUUACGACAACAAUUAAAUUCUGUACAAAAUCGUUCAUAUGAAAUUGAAAAUGACUUAUUGAAUUCGAAAAAAUAUUGUCUUGAAUUAACCGAAGAAACAAACCGACUAACACGUGAAAGCAUUAUGCUAAAAAGUGUUAAACAGUCAUUGGAGAAAAGUCGUGAAGACAAUAUGGAUGCCAUUGUUGUCAUAUUAAGACAACGUGAAGAUGAUUAUCGUCAAACAAUUGAAAAUUUGGAAAUUGAUCGUAAACAAUCAUUAUCGGUUCUAGAAGAUUUAGUUACAAAACAAAAUGUUAUACUAAAUAAAUUACGUUUAUAUUCGAAACAACUGACAACGGAAAUCGAAACAAUUCUCAGGCAAAAAAAUCAACUUGUUGAACAAAUAACAAUUGAAAAUCAAGAAUUAAGAAUGAAAUUAUCAAAUGCAUAUGAACGUUUAGAGACAACUGAUGUACAACUGUUAAAACAUAAUGACACGCAUAUAAAAUUAAAAGAACGCUUAAUUGAAUUAAAUACGAAAGUGAAAGACUACGAAAAUAUGAUUGAUAAAUUGAAAGCAAAAGAUUUGAUGGAUUAUCAGCAACGUCUUGCACUAAUAUCUCAAAGAACGUAG